GUAACCCUGGCCCCUGCCUUAACGAUUUAGGUCCCGAAAUUUUGGAGUUGUUUCCCUGGGGAAAAGCGCCGACCCGGGGCGAUUUUUUAUUGAGGCAUACGUCAGCUCUUGCGAUCAAGGGGCCGAGGCUGGAAAAAGUCUUAGAGUUACCGCUGUUUUUAAGCAAACUCACGAUCACACAGCCGAUCUACGGGAGAUCUACACGAUGAAGUCCCAACAGCACUUCGGCUCCUUGUCCAAGGGCGUAGCCCUGAUGACCUCUCUGGCUGCCCGGGCUGUGUACGGUCAGAACAGCUCUGACUUCACGACCCAAUGCACGAGCUUCGCGGAUGCUCUCGCCGGCACGAUUCCCAACGCCACCGUCCAGUCCACCGUGCCUGUUACUGCCGGCACGAACCUCACCCUCAACCUUGACCCUACCUGCACUCGGUCCUCCCAGGUCGUCAACGUCGAUGUCUGCCGAGUGGCGUUGUUCGUGCAGACUUCUGAGCGUUCAAACGUCAGCAUGGAAGUGUGGCUGCCCCCUGCCGAGGCGUGGACUGGUCGUUUCCUGAGUACCGGUAACGGUGGCCUGGGAGGAUGUAUCCAGUACGAGGAUCUGGCAUAUACCACUGAACUAGGUUUCGCAGCUGUGGGCACCAACAACGGCCACGACGGUAACAAGGGCGACCCAUUCUACCAGAACGAGGAAGUCGUGCUUGAUUUCGCAUACCGCGCCAUGCACACUGGUGUUGUGGUGGGCAAGGAGGUCUCCGAGGCAUUCUAUGGGAAGCCGCACGACAAGUCCUAUUAUCUCGGAUGUUCUACGGGUGGCCGUCAAGGUUUCAAGGAAGCCCAAUCCUUCCCAGAUGACUUCGAUGGUCUGGUCAUCGGCGCCCCGGCCCUGUCAUUCAACAACCUGACCUCGUGGUCUGGCUCCUUUUAUGUCAAGACUGGCCCAGUUGGUUCGCCGUCAUUUGUACCAUUGGAGCUGUGGUCGAUCAUCCAUGAGGAUAUCCUGAAGCAAUGCGAUGGACUCGACGGCUACGUCGACGGUAUCCUCGAGGACCCGUCUCUCUGCAACUACCGCCCUGAAGCCCUCAUCUGCGCAGAUGGCAACACCACCAACUGCCUGACCGGGGAGCAAGCAAACACGGUCAGGGAGAUCUUCACCCCGAUCUACGGCGAGGAUGGGCAGAUUACCUACCCGGCAAUGCAACCCGGCUCGGAGGAUCUUGCUCCUCGCCUGUACUACAACGGCCAACCCUUCCAGUACGUGACCGGCUGGUUCGCGGACGCCAUCUACAACGACAAGAACUGGGACGCGGCCACUCUCGGUCCCAAGGACUAUGCCUACGCACACGCGCUGAACAUCGGAAACAUCGAGACCUGGGAGGGCGACCUCUCGGCCGUGCGCGACAGGGGCUCCAAGAUCCUGCACUACCACGGCGGUGCCGAUGCCAUCAUCUCCAGCUUCAACUCCCCCCGGUACUACGACCACGUCUCGCGCACCAUGAACCUCCCCUCGUCUGCCCUGGAUGAGUUCUACCGGUUCUUCCGCAUCAGUGGCAUGGGUCACUGCACCGGCGGCAUUGGUGCCUCGUUUAUCGGACAGAAGGCGGCUGCCAACUAUACCCUUGACCCAGAAGGAAACGUCCUGAUGGCGAUGGUGCGCUGGGUGGAAGAGGGCGACGCUCCUGAGAGCAUCCUGGGAACAGCCUUUGUGAACCAGACCAAGGACUCUGGGGAGAUUGCAUUCCAGCGGAGACACUGCAAGUAUCCUCUGCGCAACGUUUACUCGGGCAGUGGGGACCCAACCCUGCCGGAUAGCUGGAACUGUGUCUGA